AUGUCUGUGUGGGUGGGAAGUGGCGCAGGCGGCGACAUGCGCGCGCCGCCCGCCGCCACUAUCCUCUCGACCAACACCUCCAUGGAGUCCGGGAUCGAGGCCGGAGUGCUGCCGACAGUCACGGGGUCCCUCGCCUCGGCUAGAGACUCCCUCGGAUCCAUAUCCCGGGCAGCAGAACCACUCUACGACACAGAUCAUACGGACCUUGGCUCGGAAUUGGACGAGGCGGAAAUACGGCGGGAGUUGAUGCACGAUAAAUGGCGCCUGCUGUUUGAUAGAUUCGACCCAGAAGGUUUUGGAGAGAUCCCGUGGCCUGAUUUCUUACAAACUCUUAAACAUCCCGACUUUAUAGCACAGGUGCCGCCCCACAAACGUGAAAUCCUCCUGGACAAAGCACAGAGCGCAACAAGCAACGCGAUUACGUUCCAAGAGUUCGUCAAUGUGGUAAGUGCUUUCUUAUCUCGAGAAAUAAAAUCUGAUCAUAAUUAUGUCAGAUACCACUCGUGGUCCUGCAGUGAUGUACUCUUUUAUAGAAGAGCCUUUGAUCCUAAUUAA